UACUGCCUGCUGUACUCGCAGCCUGGAUUGCAACACAGCUGUCUACUGUCGGAGCUCUCCGCCUCUUCCAACACACACUCCCGUGUAAGGUGGUGCAGCGUCGGGACUAAAGCCUAUGCAUUAUUUUAAAUCCUUCACUGCCGUGGCCGUGGCCACCGAUGCGACAUGAAGACGUGACAUUGAGGAAACGUGAGCAGGCCGGGAAAGAUCCUGGAGCUUUCCUGACCACAGCUGACUGGAGGUCGGUGAGCUGGUGUCAGGAGGAAAGCCGGACUCCGCAUUCCCACAGUAGUGAUGUGGUGGAGGACUAAAAUAGUCUGAAACUGUGUCGGCUUAACCCUUGAAGGUUCUGGGUCAGUGGAUACGAACAACGCCGCGGUGGAACGCUGGAGUAGUGUGUUUGCUCGCCGUGCUAACUCAGUAGCAGCAGCAGCCGCAGCAGCCGCCGCCGCGGUGUGAGAGGCUGGCUGUGCGAGCUGGCUAACGGCUUCUGUGUGGAGAGUGCUGCAGCUCGCCGGUGCCCUGAAUUCAGGAAGAGCCCCCGGCUCCGGCCCCCUCAAGCGGGCAGUCAGGAAGAAGCUGCCUGGGAAGGGAUGGCCUGGUCGGUCUUCCCGAUCCACAGGUCAAGGCUCUGCGGUGUUUGAAGGAGGUCGAGUUCGGCUAGAGGCCACCGCCGCCGCGGGUCGAGGCGCUAUGAUGGCCGCAUCCUCUUGCUCCCCGGCCAGUGGAUUCACGGGGCCGGGGCUGUCGGUCAGAAGGAGCGAGGAAAUAGCGGAUUUGAUAGAUUUGUUUUCCAAGAUGCAGUACAGAGCAAAGGAAGUCACUCCCCGGGUGGAGGUGAUUGAGAAGCGUUGUCUGGAGUUGUUUGCUAGAGAUUACAAGUACAGUGUCAUCCAUAACGCCAAUGGAGAAGUGUGUGGCCAUUACCCCCGGCAGAUUGUUUUCCUGGAGUAUGAAUGUGCAGACACUGAGAGUGACAGGUUUGAGAGCACAGUACAGAUCAGUAAGCUGCAAGACCUUGUGAACCGGAGUAAGCUGGCUCGCUGCAGAGGGCGGUUUGUCUGCCCCGUCAUCCUCUACAACGGCAAGCAUAUUUGCCGGUCAUCCACUCUGGCGGGCUGGGGGGAACUGUACGGACGCACGGGUUACAACUACAUCUUUUCAGGGGGCAAUGAUGACACAGAAUCAGAGGAGGUUCCAGAGGAUGAGAAUGCCGUCAGGAACGGGGACUCUCAGCUCUUUGACAAGGUUCGAGGCCACGACAUUAAGCUGCUGCGUUACCUCUCGGUUCGCUACAUCUGCGACCUGAUGGUGGAGAACAAGAAGGUUAAGUUUGGCCUAAAUGUGACAUCCUCUGAGAAGGCAGACAAGGCCCAACGCUAUGCAGACUUCACCUUGCUCUCUGUGCCUUAUCCAGGGUGUGAGUUUUUUAAGGACUACAAAGACAGAGACUACACAGCCGAGGGUCUGGUGUUCAACUGGAAUCAGGAUUAUGUGGACGCUCCCUUGACAAUCCCUGUGUGCUUUACUCAGAACUUGAAUAUUGACUGGGCCCAAUACCAGUCAUGGGACCUGGUGGAGCAGACCCAAAACUACCUGAAGCUGCUACUCCACAUCAUCAACAGUGAUGAUGAAAGUGGCCUCCUGGUGCACUGCAUAUCAGGCUGGGACCGGACUCCUCUGUUCGUUUCCCUCCUCAGGCUCUCCCUGUGGGCAGAUGGUGCGGUUCAUGCCAGCCUGGAGCCAGCUGAGAUUCUGUAUCUGACCAUCGCAUACGACUGGUUCCUCUUCGGUCACAUGCUGCCAGAUCGACUCUCCAAAGGGGAGGAGAUUUUCUUCUUUUGCUUCAAUUUUUUGAAGCACAUUGUCUCAGAGAAGUUCUCUGCUGUUAGGAAACAGAGAAGGAAGAAUUCCCACUUCAAAGACAGUGAUUUCACUGUGGAAGAUCUCUGCCAGUUAAAUACAGAGUCGAGGGAUCGUGGCAGUGUGACGAGUCUGAGCAGCGAGUUUUCCCUCAUUACUGAGGAGGUGGGUGGAAGCCUCAACAACGACUCUGUGGACCUGUUCUCCAGCCAGUCCCAGGCCUCCAGCUGGAGAAAAGGCAUCACCUCCUCCCCUCAGAUGGUUGUUUGGAAUAAGAACCCUCUGGACGAACACCUCUCCCAUCCACUAAAUGAGGCCAGGUCUUCUGGCUCCUCCUCCUCCAACCAAUCAGACCCCGCUGUCACACGCACUGGCAGCAGCCCGUUGGCUGUUCCUGGCAGGAGGUUAGCAGCGGAGUACCCCAGGUCAAGUUCCUCCCUUUCCACAGAGUAUGGCAGUUGGCAGAUAGUUUCUGGUUGUGGGAGCAUCCAUGACCAUGCUCACUUCCCACCCCAACUGGCCUCGGCCUCCUCCAACUUAUCAGCUGUUGCUGCUGCCUAUGACUCCCCUCUGCCCUUCAGCUUCAGGGACGAAGGACCCAGUGGGAGAAUGUGUCCCUUCCCCUCUGAGCGUCAGGCCCGUUUGGAGGCAGUGCGGGAAGUCUUUCUGGCAGCCUACAGCUCCACUGUGGGCCUUAAGUCGUCAGCACCGAGUCCCUCUGGCGCCAUCUCUGGUCUGCUGGAGCAGUUCGCCCGUGGGGUCGGCCUCCGAGGCACUAACGCCAUCGUCUGAACCCUCUCAAUGUGACUUCGGACCCCGCCCUCCUGCUUCCAUCCAUCCACAUCGAUUCAGCAUGUCUGGACUUCAGUACAAUAAAGUGCCAAAUAGCUCUGUCCAAUUCAGGGGUGAAAGCAUUUUAUUUUUUACAUCUUUUCGGAUUUUUCCAUGUUCUGGAUUUUAUAUUUUUCUCUGCUACUCCAGCUUCCUCUGGAUUUUUAUUUUUCCAUGUUGAUAUCGUCUGUCACAUUCAGGGAGAGAAAUGUUUUCAGCCACAGUAUCAAAAAGGGAUUGUGCAAGGGCUUUCUGGCUGUUGAAAAGUAAAUGGCUGAAAACACAGGGUCUGUACCCUUUACUGGCAGAAUAUAUAAAGGAUUCCUUCUUACUCUGUUCUUCCUUAAUGUCUUCAUACAUUUUUAAUCCUUAAAGUGUCUCUGCAGAGAGAUGGCGCAGAUGUCCCGUGUAGUGGAAGUGAUCUGUUUUUUUUUUUUUUUAAUAAUACUCUUGUUUUGUGCUGCUAUUCUUUACUGAUCCAAGCACAGGAAGUUUCUUAAGUUCAGGUGGAUGUUGAAGGCGAGAUCAACAAAGCACUUAAUGUGUUCAAGUCUCCGUUUAAACUGUAAUUUGGUAACUACGAUUGAUUCUUAGUAUGGGAUUCUAAUUCCACUGUAAUAGUGAGUUCAACACCGUUUUGGCAUGUUUCUACUACGUGGUCCUGGCGCGACUCGCUUUGGCAUGGCACGGUUAUUUUGCUUUUCCAUAGUACGUGGUACUUUUUUUUAGUACCUGCUCUGGUUCCAAGCGAGCUGAGCCGAUACUAUGUGACGUCGUCAGACUGCUGGCCACUGAUUGGUCAGAGUUUCGUCACAGGACGAGUCUUGAGCAAGACGUCCGUCACAAGAAUCAAACCAAACAAUGCCAAAUUGUAGAUCAGUUAAAAAGACUUAAAAAUCCUGAAAACUGAAUCCUUUGAUCGCGAACGAUGAGACGCAUCACAUCCCCUGCCGCUCCAGUGACUGUGUCGAACGAAACCUUUUUAAUGAACUGAUUCUAAUGAUUCAGUUACACUGAAAACAACUGCUUUACAAGUAACCUAUAAAACAAAGUCACGGCGGUUUUAUGCAGCUGUGCAGUGAUGACUCUGCCCACGUUGAGGAGGUACUACAUUGUAAUGGAAAACCAACCGAACCGGUCGUGCCGAGCCAAGGCGAGGUGUAGCGGGACCAUGUAGUGGAAAAGCGGCAAAAGCAAUUUUUUUUGUGUUGCAUUUCUUGCAUGACUGCGGUUGUUGGAUCAUUUUGUGAUACACAAGUAAACACAAGCUGUGACUACUUGGCAGGGGAGGUCAUGCUAGAGCUAACUACAUUCUUAGUAAAUUACGGCCAACAUAUGUAGUAAGUGUUUGGCCAACAAUUUGAAUCUCACAACAUAUUUACAACACAGAUUUACUGAUAGUCCAGUGUCUCGUGUGAUGGUCUUGGCGGGGGGAGGGGGGGUCUGACUAGAUCAUCGUACAUGUGAAAUGUGUAAUCGCGUAAUCAAACAUAAGAAACAGGAAUCUAAGUAAAGCGAGGAGAUAAAGCGCAGAACAUACCUCCUGACCUCACUUGUUUAUUAUACUCAUGUGCAUAUCCACGUGUCUCUUCAUGUUCUCCAGUAGCACUGACAGGGUAGCAUAAGAGGGUGUGGAGAGUGAAUCCAAAUGUGAAUCCGUGUGCUCUCGUGAUGAACUCCAGUGAAGUGAGGUCUGCCUAAGAUUUCUGCCUGCUCAUGAUCACACUCGCAUGUUAUGCAAAAAAAAAAAAGACAAAAACAUGUGUGCCUUGUUUCAGGUCACACUCAGACACACAUUUCUGACUUGGACUCCUUUUGGGUAGAUCCACACUUUUUUUUUUUCUUUUUUUUGGAUGAUUAGUCUGAUGGUUUUGAUGGCUGCUGUACCUCAGGACUGUUGUUGUGCCUUUGUUAUUUUCAGUAACGAUGGGAAAUGGACCUCUGCUUUAUCUGGUCACGUUCCAAGUGUACUUCUGUGUUUAAAAUGGUUUUUUACACGCUUGAAGGGGGCUUCCUGUUGAUCAGUGACAACAGCGCUGCAGCUCUACCUUUGUACGCGUGCUUUUUGAGGUUUCCCUGUGAUCGCUGUCUUGGUCGCGAGACGAGUGAAGUCUUCGUCAUGAGUCUUAAAGACGCAUGUUGAUGACGUGACAUAGUCAACAGAACCGUUUGCUCCCAGACGUGUGAGAAACAAGGAGGUUUUCAUUAUCUUUGAAAAUCACCGUAUUUUAUCAAAAUUUAAUUUGAUUAUUAGAAGGGAAUUUAGGAAAUGGAUUUCUAAACUUUGUUUAUGAGUCUCGGGAUAGAGUGAGAGUGAGGGUGUGAUCAGCCUAGAAUAUUGCUAGAUGAGCUGUUUUUGAAUUGAACACCUCACUGCUCAUUAGUUAUUGUUUAUCUAGUCUGUUAAAGCCAUACACAAAUUAAAUGUAGACGGUGCGCUUCUAAAACUGUACUAUAAUUAUAAGGAACUAUUGACAAGUUAACCCAGCAGUUCACACAUCCAGGUUGAUUGGAUAAAACACAAAACUACCACACAGUGGGAGAUUAUCCGGGACAGACAGACGCUUUUUUAACAGCACAAGAACGUCCACAACAUUUGGGCAGGACAUUCACACACACACAGACUUGCUAUGAAUUAGCCAUGUUCACAUAUUUUGGUCUCAUUUGGACGAUAUCCCAUCUGGAAACUGUCCGUCGCUUUUUGUGUCCUUCGGUCAAUUUCAGGGACAUGAAAAUGUCAACUUUGUGUCUAAAUGUGGUACAAACAGGUGAUUAUUCAAUUCCGUAAAUUUUAAGUCCAGUCAUACACAGGUCUUUGUUUAUUUAGUCAUGUUAGCUGGGGUUAGCCCCUUUCUUUCAGUCAGUACUCCAUGUUCAGAUAAUCUGAUCUGAUCAUUUCCUAAAUUGUACAUUUCUUUGGUAGAUUUUGGCGUUCUGCUUUGCUACACAAGGCCAAAGUCGUCUUUUCUCAGUCCCACAUAGAACAUUUGGUCAGAGCUGUUUUAAAGCCUCACAAGUUUCCAUCAAUUUUUAUUUAUUUAUUUCGUAUUUGAUUUGUACGACCAUGUGUAUAGUCGCUUUGCAUGGAUUGUUUGAAUGGUUUAAUUUUUCUCCAAUUUUACUAACUGCUGAUCAAUCUGUCCAGGUUCAUCUGAGACCAAACAGUCCCUUCAGGUUUUAGGCUUUUUUAAAAGCUAUUUUUUAUUCCUCACUUCGGAUCUAGACAUUAUUUCAGAUCAUUUUCUUUUAAUUGUAAUUGGACCCCAUUACCACAUAAGAGACAGUCACUGAAUAGCAGCCAUCCAAUCACAUAAACACCUUGUUCAUAUUGUUGCAAGAGGUCAUCAAAGAAUCUAAAGCUAAAUUACUUUUCAUAUAAUCUUGUUUAGUUUGGACUUUUUCACUCACUGGAUUUGCAUGACAUGUUCAAGUGUAUCUCGGUUGUGAAAUGUUAUAAUUUUAUUUUUAUUUGUUUUACCGAUUUGCUUUUUAUUUCAGAAUAUUUUAUUGAAAUGCUGCAUUGCACUUGUCUGUAUGUUCUGUGUAAAGACUUUUAUUUGUACUAUCAAUGCAUUUCUAAUUCAUUCUACCUGUUUUUGUUAUAAAUUGUGCUUAAUUCAUUGGCAGGCAGCAGGAUAUAAUGAAAGGUGAACUGGGCAGCAGGUGACAGUGAAUAAAGGAAAAAAAGAACACA